CGAAACGGAGGGCGGGGUGGGAGGUACCUUUGACUGAGCUCUCUCUGGAAAACGGAAGCUCUGAUUAGAGCCACUGGAAGGUACUGGUUAGGGACUGAGACCCUAACCAGGAGCGAGGACUGAGACCCGAACCAGUCCAGCAAACUUUACAAUUGGGAACCUGAAUCCAGACUCAGAUCCCAAAUGGCGCAAUGGGAGAUGCUGCAGAAUCUCGACAGCCCAUUUCAGGAUCAGCUGCACCAGCUCUACACAAAUAGCCUCCUGCCAAUGGACAUUCGACAGUACUUGGCUGUCUGGAUUGAAGACCAAAACUGGCAAGAAGCUGCAUUGAGCAACAAUAAUUCCCAGGCUAACAUGCUAUUCCUCCACUUCGUGGAUCAACUAAACUAUGAGUGUGCCCGCUGCAGCCAGGACCCCGAGUGCUUGUUGCUGCAGCAUAACUUGCGAAAAUGUUGUCGGGACAUUCAGGCCUUUUCCCGGGGUCCUAUCCAGUUGGCUGAGAUGAUCUUUAAUCUCCUUCAUGAAGAAAAAAGAAUUCUGAUCCAGGCUCAGAGGGCCCAGGCGGAGCAGGAAGAGCCAGCCCUCCAGGCACCUAUAGAGAGCCAGCAGCACGAGAUUGAGUCCCGGAUCCUGGAAUUAAGGGCUAUGAUGGAGAAGCUGGUAAAAUCCAUCAGCCAACUGAAAGACCAGCAAGAUGUCUUCUGCUUCCGAUACAAGACCCAAGCCCCAGUGAGGACACCUUCUUUGGACCCCCAUCAUACCAAACAGCAGCAGCUUCUGCAGGAAACUCUCAAUGAAUUGGACAAAAGGAGAAAGGAGGUGCUGGAUGACUCCAGAGCACUGCUAGGCCGAUUAACUACCCUAAUUGAGCUACUGCUGCCUGAGUUGGAGGAGUGGAAAGCCCAGCAACAGAAAGCCUGCAUUGGAGCCCCCAUGGUCAGAGGGUUAGAACUUGUCCAGCUAGAGAAGUGGUUUACUGAUGGAGCAAAGCUAUUGUUUCAUCUGCGGCAGCUGCUGAAGGAGCUGAAGGAAUUGAGUCUCUUGGUUACCUAUCAGAAUGACCCUCUGACCAAAGGAGUGGACCUGCAGACGGCCCAGGUUAUAGAAUUGCUACAGCGGCUGCUCCACAGAGCCUUUGUGGUAGAAACUCAGCCCUGUAUGCCACAGACUCCCCAUCGACCGCUCAUCCUCAGGACUGGGAGCAAGUUCACUGUCCAAACAAGGCUGCUGGUAAGACUCCAGGAAGGCAGUGAGUCACUGACGGCAGAAGUCUUUAUUGACAGGAAUCCUCCUCAAUCACAAGGCUUCCGGAAGUUCAACAUUCUGACCUCAAACCAGAAAACUUUGACCCCUGAGAAAGGACAGAGUCAAGGCUUAAUCUGGGACUUCCGUUACCUGACUCUGGUGGAGCAACGUUCAGCUGGUUCAGGAAAGGGCAACAAUAAGAGUCUGCUUGGUGUGACAGAGGAACUGCACAUUAUCAGCUUCAUGGUCAAAUACACCUACCAGGGUCUGAAGCAGGAACUGAAAACGGACACCCUCCCCGUGGUGAUUAUUUCGAACAUGAGUCAACUCUCAGUUGCCUGGGCCUCAGUUCUCUGGUUCAAUCUGCUCAGCUCAAACCCCCAGAAUCAGCAGUUCUUCUCCAGCCCCCCCAAGGCCCCCUGGAACUUGCUGGGCCCUGCUCUCAGUUGGCAGUUCUCAUCCUACGUUGGCCGAGGCCUCGACCAAGACCAGCUCAACAUGCUGAAGAACAAGCUGUUUGGACAGAACUCUGGGAAGGAGUGUGCGAUGUUGUCCUGGGCUGACUUCACUAAGCGUGAGAGUCCCCCUGGAAAGCUCCCAUUCUGGACAUGGCUAGACAAAAUUCUGGAGCUGGUACAUGACCACCUGAAGGAUCUAUGGAAUGAUGGACGCAUCAUGGGCUUUGUAAGCCGGAGCCAGGAGCGCAAGUUGCUGAAGAAGACCAUCUCUGGAACCUUUCUGCUGCGCUUCAGUGAAACAUUGGAAGGGGGCAUUACCUGCUCCUGGGUGGAACACCAGGACGAUGAUAAGGUGGUCAUCUACUCUGUGAAGCCCUUCACCAAGGAGGUGCUGCAGUCACUCCCGCUGACCAAAAUCAUCCACCACUACCAGCUGCUCACUGAGGAGAACAUACCGGAGAACCCACUAUGCUUCCUCUACCCCCGAAUCCCCCGGGAUGAGGCUUUUGGGUGCUACUAUGAGGACAAAGUUAAUCUCCAGGAACGAAAAAAAUACCUGAAACAUAAGCUCAUUGUGGUCUCUAACAGACAGGUGGAUGAGCUGCAACAACCACUGGAGCCUAAUCUGGACCCAGAAGUGGAGUCAUUAGAGCUGCCUUCAGGGCUGGCACCAUGGCCAGAGCAAGAACUAGGUCUGGAGAUAGAGCCACUGCUACAGGCAGGGCUGGAUCUGGGGCCAUCGCUGGAGUCCACACUAGAUGCAGUACCAGAGACAAACCUGGGACCAGAACUGAGGCUGGAGCCUAUUCUAGAGCCUAUUCUAGAGCCAGUGCCAGAGCCAGAGUCAGAUUUGCCCCAUGAUCUGAGACACUUGAACACUGAGGAAAUGGAAAUCUUUAGAGACAGUAUGAAGAUUGAAGAAAUCAUGCCAAAUGGAGACCCACUCUUAGCUGGCCAGACCACCGAGGAGGAGGCUUACAUCUUCCACCCCAGCCAUUUCUACACAGAUGGGCCCUUGAUUCCUUCUGACUACUAGGAACUAUGUUUCCUCUGUUCUUUCCAUAUCUUUUUACCCCUGCUCACCCCCACAUCAUGAUGUUCUCCAAGUGUAGGAAAUCAGACAUGUGUCCCUUCUAAGCUGGGUGAACCCUGUGACUUGGAGUGAAAGGUACAAGCAUAAUGUGGGCCAUAUGUUGGCCAUUGCUCUAACUAGGAUGCUGGAGGCUGCCUGCUGCCCUGGGAGGCACAGUGGUUUUAGGAGCAGGCCAGGACAGUUAGAUACACGGAGAGUUCAGAGAAGUUGCUUCUUUCUGGUGUGGAAGGGUUUCAGCAUUUUAAUAGCCAGUCAGACCAACCUCAUUCCCACUAGCAUUGGCUCUGAGUGGGGAAUUGACCCAUGACAGGGCUCCAUUUCUCCCCUCACGUGUAGGAUAACCCUCCCCUUCCUCCUUCCCCUCACUCCUGAGUCAAGCCCUACAUUUCCUCUUUUCCUAUAGAGACUGAGAGCUUUCUGCCUCAGCCACCAUGUGAAGCUUCCCUCUGAGGGAGGGAGGAAGAGGUAGACCUCCUCUUCUUACCAGUCUCCUACCCAGCCCCCCAAGCUGGCCACACCCAUUCCUCCCUGGAAAAAUGAUCCUAACAGCCUCAUGUGCCUGUGAAGCUUUGCGCAAUAACUUAUCCUGCCCGGUUUCCAUUUUCCCAAUGUUUAGGAGACAAAGCACUCCUGGAGGCAAGGGAUGGUAUGGGUGCUGGGGAUUGAGUUACACUUUUUAUAGUAUGGAUGGAACUUGGUAUUUUUAACAGAGGAAGAGAAGCCCUGGGUCUUACAUAUUUCUCUAUUAAAAUACCAUCCCUUCCUUUUGUACAAUAUAUUGUUUACCUGAAAAGAUGGUUUCUAUUCCCUGGGCAUGGACCUGGAAGUCCCUGGAACUUAGAACUGUGAAGGUCCCUCAUGGAGCUCUGGACAACAUCACACCUUAGCCAUUCCCAGGGAACCCCAGGACAACUGUUGCUUUAAGAAGUGCUUCUAGGAGAACCUGCGAUGUAAAUGAAAGCUCUACACAUGUAGUUUUCUGCCUGGUAUGUUACAGCAGCAAUUUUCAACCUUUUCAUCUCAUGGCAUAUAUAAACUAAUGACUAAAUUCUGUGACACACCAAAAAAAAACAUUUUUUUCUGAUCUGACCAAAAAAAAAAAAAAAAACAAAAUAGGUGUAAUUCUGAUUCAUUCGUACCAUAUGGCUAUUGUGUUGGCUGUUAUCUUUUUUUUUUUCCUUGCGGCACGCUGGUUGAAAAUCGCUGUGUUAGAGAAACAGUAAUAUUCAGAAAGAGGCCCAUCUGAGCAGAAGUGGCUAAUAACCUUUGUGCUGACCUAGAAAUGUUUUCUCUUUGAAUUUCUUUACUUCUCUGCUCACAAAGACUAAUGUUCUUGAGGACACCAGCAGGUCAUGUAGGAUCAAGGUCAGCAAAUCAUGGCCUGUCUUCCACCCACCCCAGUAUACCCCUUUCAUUAUGUUUCUUCUUACCUCCCUGUUUAGAGCAGCCUUUCCUGACCCAUAGCAUUUUCUAGGGGUGCUGAAAGCUAUAUGUGGGGAGGGGGUGAGUAGCUACAUAACUAGCCUGUUGUUCCUUAGCUGGUUAGUGCCAAAGCCAAAUUUUAAACCUGGGUCUGCCUGACUCCAAAGCCCAUGUCUCUUUUUGAUGUUGUGAAGAUGGAGAAAAGGAUGGGCAAUAAUCACUAUCCCCUUCUUAGACUCUUUCUAAGGUAGUUUAUAACCAGACUCCCUUCUGAGAGGGCCCACAGAGAUCCAUCGAAGGAGAAUUCCAGUAGUUUUAGGGACUUACUUUUCCUAGAAUGCCCUUCCUGCUCGAACAACUCUGACUUUGAUCCUACAGUGAUCGGGAUUUUGUCUUUGGCCAAAUACACUCUUGGCCCAGAAAGCAGGGAAGGAGCCACUGGGUAGUGGACCAAGAGAGGUGCCCCAUUUCCUAAUCUCAGCCUCUUGUAAUCUCUUUCAUCUUGCUUAGCCGUACAGGGAUCAAGACCAAAAAGAUCCCAGUUAUGCUAUAUGUUAAGGGGUCAAAAGGAAGUAUCAUCUCUACCAUAGUUCUGCAGAGUAGAAGAGGGAUGCAUAUUGUAGUCCCUUGUCCCUAUAUUUCAUUUGUCUUUUCCCCCAACCAAAUCUAGAAAUGAGACUCAAAUACUUCAUAAAUAAGUUUAUUUUAAAAAGUACAUAAUUAAGUAUAAAUAUAAUAAAUAAUCCUCCCUCCUUAUAUUGCUGCCAAGAGGAUAAAUAACCCCAAUUUUCCCUUCCCAUCUAAUAAAUACUCAACAAGAACUAGGUCAACAUCGUAAAUUCGCCAGUAUUGGUAAUUUUUCAACACAUGCAAAUCCCAUUAGAUUAAUGGACUGCCCUGGCUGGUGUGUCUCAGUGGACUGAGCGCCGGCCUGCAAACCGAAGGGUCACUGGUUUGGUUUCCAGUCAGGGCACAUGUUUGGGUUGUGGGCCAGGUCCCCAGUAGAGGAUGAGCAGAAGGCAAACACAUUGAUGUUUCUUUCCCUCUCUUUCUCCCUCCCUUCUUCUCUCUUUAAAAAUAAAUAAAUAAAACCUUAAAAAAAAAUGGACUGGCUCUAGCUGGUGUGGCUCAGUGGUUGAGCACUAGCCU